GUCAGAGAGCAACAGUAGGUUGUUGUUGAGAGCACAUGUUCUCUCUGAUUAGUUCAGUCAGUCCUCUCUGUGUGUUAAAGGAAGAUCAUAUCAAAGCUCUUGGUUUCUCCUCUGAUAAAGUUGUCUGCUAGUCCACUGGCAGGUGUAGUGGCCAUUAAGUUCAGAGAAGAGGCAUCCUCCAACUGGCCAGAUGACUAAAAGUAACGGGGAAGACACACGAUCAGGGAACAGGAUGGAGCGUUUCCAGCAAGGGGUUCGCCAGCGCUCUUUAUCGGCAAAAAAAAAGAUGCAAAACAUAACAAGAGAAGAUGUCAAAACCUUUUUCCGCCGGAAUGGAUUUGUUCUUUUCACUGUCUCUGCCGUCAUCAUUGGUAUUAUCCUGGGAUUUUCUGUUCGGAAAUAUAAAAUGUCCUUCCGGGAGAUCAAAUAUUUCUCGUUCCCAGGAGAGCUUUUGAUGAGAAUGCUCCAGAUGUUGGUCCUUCCGCUCAUUGUGUCCAGCUUGGUUACAGGCAUGGCAGCUCUUGACAGUAAGGCUUCAGGGAAGAUGGGCAUGCGAGCUGUUGUGUACUACAUGACGACAACAGUGAUAGCUGUGUUCAUUGGAAUUAUCAUCGUAAUUAUUAUCCAUCCAGGAAAGGGCAGCAAGGAAAAAAUGCACAGAGAAGGGAAGAUUGAACCGGUUACUGCUGCUGACGCGUUUCUUGAUUUGAUUAGGAACAUGUUCCCUCCAAACAUGGUGGAAGCUUGCUUUAAACAGUUCAAAACACAUUAUGAAAAGAAGCUUUUUAAAGUUCCAAUUCCUCAGAAUUUCUCCAAUUCCUCAUCAUUGGUGUCAGCCAUUGCAAACAACGUAUCGGAAGCAAUGACUACGCUCUACAAGAUCAGGGAGGAAUUAGUACCUGUUCCCGGAGCAGUGAAUGGCGUCAAUGCCCUUGGGCUAGUAGUCUUUUCUAUGUGCUUCGGUUUUGUUAUUGGCAACAUGAAAGAGCAAGGAAAGGCUUUGAAAGACUUCUUUGACAGCCUCAACGAGGCAAUUAUGAGAUUGGUUGCUGUUAUCAUGUGGUAUGCGCCACUUGGAAUUCUCUUCCUAAUUGCUGGGAAGAUUGCAGAAAUGGAAGAUAUGGGUGUAGUCGGCGGUCAGCUUGGCAUGUAUACUAUUACGGUUAUUAUUGGAUUGCUUAUACAUGCUAUUAUUGUUCUACCGCUGCUUUAUUUCUUGGUAACCCGCAAAAACCCUUGGGUAUUUAUUGGUGGAUUGCUGCAAGCUUUAAUCACCGCUCUGGGAACAUCUUCAAGCUCAGCUACUUUGCCAAUUACAUUUAAGUGUUUGGAAGAGAACAAUGGCGUUGACAAGCGUAUAACAAGAUUCGUUUUACCAGUGGGAGCUACAAUUAAUAUGGAUGGUACCGCACUCUAUGAAGCUCUGGCAGCUAUUUUCAUUGCUCAAGUCAACAAUUAUGACCUUAAUUUUGGGCAGAUUAUUACAAUCAGUAUCACUGCUACUGCUGCAAGUAUCGGAGCCGCAGGAAUCCCACAAGCAGGCUUAGUGACCAUGGUCAUCGUGCUGACAUCUGUGGGUCUUCCCACUGAGGACAUCACGCUGAUCAUUGCAGUUGACUGGUUUUUGGACCGUCUUCGUACCACAACAAAUGUGCUUGGAGAUUCACUGGGAGCUGGUAUUGUGGAGCACUUAUCUAGGCAUGAGCUCAAAAGAGCAGAUCCUGAAAUGGGCAAUUCAGUAAUUGAGGAGAAUGAAAUGAAGAAACCAUACCAACUCAUUUCGCAGGAAAACGAACCAGAGAAACCCUUAGACAGCGAAACAAAGAUGUAGAAGAUCAUAGGAGUUUCUUUAACUGAUUGGAUCAUUCCAUUUCAUUCCCUUUUGGCUUUCGAACCAACUGGUGUGAUAGCAGGAAUACUGAUUAUUAAGUUAUCCAGAAAUAGCAGGUGCCUCAGUACCCCUUUAUAAAUGAUCCAAAUUAAAAGUUCUCUUGCCAUCUUGGCCCUGCUCCGAUUGUGCUAACCAGGUGAAAAUAAUGCCAUAUUCAUACACAAGAUUUUUUUCAAUUUCAUAUUAUUAUUUUUUUCUGGGUAAAAAAGGGCACAUUGUCAAGACUUCAAAAACGGCCAUUAGUUGAGAUAAACAUUUAUUACAGUGUCUAAUCCAAGUAAACAUGGAACACAGUAGGCUACAUCACGUUAAUAAAAAUGAAUUAUGGACCUUUUAUACCCAUAUACUAUUUGAGAGCCAGAACAGCAUCCAUCGCAUUGAAUACAAUUAUACUACCAACUAUUGCUCGAAAGGCAAAGCAUUUUCUAUAAUUGUUUUUUUUUUCCACAAAGCAAAAUAUUUAGAUUCCAAUCCAUUUGGACAAUAAGAAGCUUGGUGGGUUUGUAUUUGGUGUAUUAUAUCUAUAUAUUUUUUUUUUUAUAUAACCUCCGGUGUCAAGUGUCACAAUGUCACAAUUACCUCCUAUAUUUUCUAUGCCCAUCUCGUUUUCUACAUGGGAGCUUAAUUUAAUAGAAAGUAUUACACAUUAUUCUGAAAGUGGCAUUAGGUUAUAUAAGUCGAUUACUUUGAAAAGCACAAACAAUAUUCAAAUUAUAAUUUUUAUUUGUAACAUUUACAUGAAAUCGAGUAGAUUCAUCUAUGAAAUAGUACAGAACUUUUUACGAGACCUUGAACCCAAAUGUACCUGCAGGAUCUUUUCCUGGAAGUGCUCAUAUUAAUUGUUCUGUAAAUAUAAAUAUGUGUGAGUAAAAAGAGAGAUUUUUUUUUUUAUCGAAAGUGCACAGUAUGAAAUUUCAGAAAUGGUUCUCGAUACUAGAAUGUUAUACUGGGUACCUUUCAAAAGGAGAUACAGGCAUUACAAUUUAAGACAGAAAGAUAUACAUUACAGACAUUUUAUUUUGCUAAUAAGAAUAUAGAAAGCAAACUCAUAAAAUGUAAUUAGAGAUAUUUUUAUAAUAGAUUCUGUUUACAUGUGUACAAAAUGUAACUUUAACUCUAGCUGAUAGAACAUAACCGUAAUUUUUUUUGUCAUCUGUGAAAAUGUGUUGUCUUGUCCUAAUGUCAAAAUUUGUGCAACUAUUUGUCAAAAAAAAAAAAAAAAUCAAUUGUGUUUGUGACUUUUGACUAACUAUUUUCAUGAAUAUCAGGUACUGUAGAAUAUUCUUUCCACAUUCCAUUCACUGGUUCUGUUUUCAGAUGUACCCGGUGUGGAUUGAAAAAAAUUACUUUGUAGGAGUAUUUUCAAUAAAAAAUAGAUGAUAAAAUCUUAA